CAUUUUAAGAUGAUUUGUUUUUUUCUUGUUCUCAAUUGUUAAUUUUUCCUUUGGAAUUUAAUUUGAUACAGUAAUUAUUUCCUUUUAUUUUGAUACUUAUCGUUAUUAUUGUGUUCUGUUUGACUUUGAAUACUCAUCUUUUCUUUGUAAUUGAUUUCACUGGUUGUGUUUAAAUUGAUUUUCUUAAUUCAUCAUCAUGAGUCUUCAAUGGACCCUUGUUGCAACCUUUUUGUAUAUUGAGAUUGUUGUUGUCAUUAUCCUGUUAUUGCCCAUCAUUUCACCUAGAAAAUGGCAGAGUUUUUUCAAAUCAAGGUUCCUACAGUCAAUAGAACGUCAGAGUAAUCUUUAUUUCACUGGGUUUCUAUUAAUUUUGGUUCUACUCUUUUUGGAUUCUAUUCGGGAGAUGAGAAGAUAUUCACUGGGCCGAGAACAUGAUGAACAAUCUGGUCACCUUAAUUCAGAAUUGGCUCAUUCAAUGAAAUUGUUCCGAGCUCAACGUAACUUUUACAUUGCUGGUUUUGCCCUUCUCUGUCUUGUUAUCCGUCGUAUUGCCUCACUUUUAUCCCAAGCAGCACAACUUAAGAAUCAAUUGGAAGCUGUCACCGCUCAGGCAAAAGGAGCAUCAAGAGCAGCUGAAGCUCUUUUGAAGACAACUGAUGACGGAAAGAAAAAAGAGAAAAGUAAAGUCGGUGGUGAUAAAACCGAACCCGAACCCGAACCAUCAACAGCUUCUCCAAAUGAAUUAAAACGUCUACGAUCUGAAUUAGCUGGAAUCAAAGAAGAAUUGAUCAAAGCCAAGAAUGAAGUUGCAAAAGCCGAAGCCCUAAAGAAACAAGCAGAGAACAUCAGCCGAGAAUAUGAUCGUUUGGCUGAUGAACAUGCCAAGUUAACCAAAAAACUGGGAACCGUUGGUGAUAAAAAAGCUGAUUAAAUACUUUUUAAAAAGUAUACACUCUCUCAACUAUCUUUCUCCUCUAAAUUACAUAUGAAACAUAUUGUUUGAUAAACUGUCAAAGAUCAAUGUAUUUCCCCGGUGAUACCAACAAUUUGUUCUGUUCAAUUGUAAUAACCUUUUAAUUAUAUUUAAAGCGAUGUUUGAAUAUUAGUUUUGCUAAUAUGGCUGAUAUCUUUGGGAAAUUU